GGGAGUGAAAGCAGGGGAGGAGCUAACAGCUAAACUCCUGCGAUUGGAUCACCUUGUCAGGAUGGAGAAUGACGUCAUGGAGCCGAAGAGGAAGAGGAGUUUCCGCAACAGCGCCCCACUGGACCGCCUGUCAGUCAGCUCCAUGGAAACCAAGCAGGGCUCAAACAAGCAGAGAUUGACUCUUCCCAGCCUGGUGCAGAGUGCCACGCGACGAGUCAACCCGCCUCCGAUCGACAGGAUUGGAACAAGUCGUCUGCCCAACCGUGGAUAG